CUGACCUUUAUAGACUUUUAAAAAAUUUAUUUGUUUCCUUCUAAGUAUUUAUUUCGUCCUACAACGUCUUCUUUCAAGAAUCUAGUAGAUAUCUAUAAUUGACAAGUUGCAAGAAUAAUUUUCUAUAAGAUCUAUGAAUAGAAAGUCUAAUUAUUCUUGCAUUAAAAUCUUUUUAGGAAACAGAAAUAAUAAUUUUCCACACCUGUGAUAUGCUAUAUAGAGUGAAGAAAAAAAAGUUCUUCGUGAACUUUUGUUUUGCUACAAAAUUAUCAUACUUUUAAUUUUUAAUUAAUCUCAACAAGUUCUAAUUAAGCAGUGUCUUAAUCCAAGCUUUUAUUGUGCAAGAAAAGAUGAUAUAAUACUAGUAAACAACAGUUAUAUGAAAUAUGAAAACAAAUUUUAGGAGACACGUUACAUGAAUAAGCUAAAUUUACAAAAUUUUAUGAAUCUUUUGCAUUUGCAUUUGUAUUUGUUAAAAAAAUCGUAAAAAUAAUUUGCUAAUAUUCCAAAAAUUGUGAGUGAGAAAGAUUUGUUCACAAAAGAGAGAAAAAGAAAAGAAAAUUCAUAAAAGUUGAUAGGUGCGGAUGUGAACGGGAUUUUUAAAGAAGAGUUAAUAAGACAGGAGGAAUAUUUUAAUGAAGAAGAUUGAUUAAGAAUUCAUAAAAAGAGAAUGAAAGUUCGACAAAAGAGGAAGAAGGCUAAAAGGAAGGGAGAAAGAAAGAGAUGCUACAUCAAAGGAAAUAUUAAAUUCAUGAGGUUACACGUAAAAGGCACUUAAGAUCAGCUGAUAAGGUCGAGAGUUCGACAAAGGAGCCGAGAGAGUGAAGCGCGCAAGAGAGGAAGGAGAGAUAAAGAGAGUGAUCGAAGGGGGUUGCAAGGGUGGGUAGCAAAGGAGAACAACUGAUGCUAACGGUGCCUCAGUUGGUUCACUGUCGUCGGUACCGGCGCCAGUGCGCGGGCGCUAUCGACGUCGCCUUGUCAUCGUCUCUGCCCUCAUUUCAACGUCGUCAUCCGUGGUGCAAAUAAUUACCCGUGAUCCCGAUAAUUGACGCGUCCGAGUUAAAAAUUUGAGCGCAGCGAGCCAAACAGUCUGAUCAAUCCUAUCUGUGAAGUCGUAAUUAUCAUAUAACCGUUCCGGUACACUUGACGCGGGACUUUAGCGCCGUGCUACUUUCUCCACGGGUUAAUUGAUCGCUUAACAUACAUUUAUUUGAAAAAUCCAUUAAUCCGAGGUCUGUUGGUAGUUGUUUACGGUCUAGUGUACAUGUGCAAUCGAGACAGCAUCGAAAGCGAUACCUAUUCGCCCACGCUUCUAGCAAUUUCCGUUGUGGUUCUGAUCGUGUAAAUAGAAUGGCUAUUUUUCCCACACAACAUGCAUAAAUAUGAUGCCUAAGUAUUAAUAGCCGGCGACAGAGCGUCAUCAGUUGAUUCGUCGGAGAAGCGCGCAGCAGCAAAACAUUUUCACGGUGAUAAUACCGGAUCCACCCACUUGCGCGGCGAGUGGCUAAUACCCCGUAAUCAAACGAAGAAGUAAAUAGUCGCUACAGUUACAUGCAGUUACGUUAUAAUGCGACACAAGCCGUCCAAGGUGUGGCGUUAUCGAACUCGAUUAACUCAUCAUCGACAUAUCAGCGGCGGUUUAUAGUAGUGAAAGUGGAUCCACCCACUCAUGCGAUCGUUGUACUGAUAUGUGAAAGAAGAAGAAGAAGAAGAAGCAGCAGCGAAUGAUCGUUACAAUUACACGCGCAAAUACGAUGUGACGCGUCAAUGGUCAGCGUCAUCGAACCUGAUUGACCUGACAUUUAAACAUUAGAGGGAAUUGAUGACAAAAGUGAAUCCACCUACGUACAUGACAUUCUCGUAACUCCCUGCAAUUUGAUGAAGAGCCAAAAGUGACUAGCGGAAAAUAUAGUACCGUCUUGUAAUCUUCGUAAAAAGGACAAAAAGGGCCAUCGAUCACAUGCGCAACUUACGACGUGAGUUACUAACAGGCAAUACAAAAAAACUCGAUUGCACCAUCAUCGGGAUCACCGGGAAAGCAAGAAAUUGUAUUCACCCUCAGCGAAGUGCGCAGGUAUCUCUUUGACCAAUAACACGUGACAACAAACAUGACUGCGUUUUACGUCUGACACGAGUCUUGAUCGCGAGGCUUGACCUGAUAAAAAACGAUUUGUCAAUGUCAUCAGGCAGUAACGAUAUAUAUAUCCUCGAUAAAUGGUGAUUGUAAUUACGGGGAAUUUCAGUACGUCUUUAAUUACCGUUUAAUCGUUACAGAUUAUCCUUGUGAGUUAUUACAUGGACUAAUCCUGCAUUGAUCUUCUUUCUAAGCGUAUCAUCGUCGAUGUUAGACGUCGUGUUUGCAAGGAUAACAAAAAGAUCGAUUCGAGGACAUCGUUGGCCGUGAUUGGCGACGUAUCAUUCCGUCGAUAUUCACCGACACCAGUGUGUUAUGUCAUGAGGUAUCGUCGUGGGAACUUGGAGCGACGUUUUGCUGCUAUCAGCGCGAUAGUGCGUCACGUUUCGAACGUAUUUACACGGCUACCAAUGCGACUUGUACCUGCAAAUGCAUCGAUAUCUUCCUCAUAAACGUCAAUGCUGAUUGUUAUCUUUGUUACGUUAAUACCGAAACUCGUUUAAGAAUACGAACAAGCAUGUUCAUGAUUCUUCCUGUCGCGUUACGAAAAUUAAAUGACGAGCGAACGAAGUGGUCCGGCCUUCAUCUGGGUUUUAUCAGAUAUUCAAGAAGAAUGUCGCCAGGAAGUAGUCCAAACGCAAGCUUCCCGACGAGGGAUAGGUCGAGGAUAACUUCAGGUCUAAUCGCAGUUUGAGAGAGGCUCAUCAGCAUCGCGUUGGCAAGGAUUGACGCCGAGGAGAUUUGAUUACUAGUCAACGACCAUCGACCCCGCAACUAGUUAAUAAGAUUCGCACGAUUGGCUUGAGGAACCAGGAAGUUUUCAAGCCGAGCUCGGAGAACGAGACAACGAAAAGAGGGAACAACGGGGGGGACCAAUAUUUAGCAGCAGCAAUAAUUGACGAAGGGACCACGAAGUUUAGUAAAUAAGGCAGUCGAUAUGAUGGAAUGGGGAAUACGACGUAAGCUCUCAUUAACGCUGGCCAAAUCGUGCAUGACAGAUCGGCUAAACUUCCCUUUUAGUGACAUGCGUGAUUCCAUGUGUUAUCAUUUAUCAGUGUCGUCUUAUCGAUUAUUUAAACAUUCACACUAUAAAUUGGCAAUGUUGCAUUGAAAAUUAUUUAGCAGCAGUGCAUCUUUUCAUUUUUACUUUGUCUUCUUUAAGAUAUUUUUUGUUUAAUGUUGCUAUAAUAUUAUUUGUGUGACAAUAGUUAGUUAUCAGUUGAAAUGCCAAGUUAUUUUCUCUAAACGAUCAUCUCGCAGGCCAUUCAUAUGGCGCCAAAGAUGUUCGCUUAUGCAAAUCGCAAUACAUAGUGUUCAAAGGCGAGGCAAAGCACGGGAAGAGAUCAAAUGAUCACAGCGCGAUCUCGCGCGAUCCUCGAUCGUGCAUCGCACACUUUGUACGCAUCGGUCGCGAUAGUAAAUCGGCGCGGCGUGUACGCCGGAAUUGGGUGCGCGGAAAAUCAAUAAAACGCCGGAACAGUCUGCGUUAUAUGUCGACCUACAUUCGAGCACACUAGCGUGCCACCUUCGUUUCUCUAAAAAUACCUUCGGUAGUUUCUCCUUUCCGUUCGGUAAUAGUCGCGUGUGCCGAUCCCGAUUGUUUCGACGUGUUGCUCCGCGAUUAAGCGAAAUUUCUAGCUUCCCGAUCGCAAGCGUGACGUUGAUAAAUAGCGCUUCCAAUUGAAGCGACUUGGAUCGCUCGGAAUACAGUUAAACGCUUCCCAUCAGAGACUCAUAAUUACAAUGCAAUAUAAAGAAUUUCGAUUGAAUCGGAAUAUCAGCCCCACAUCGAUCUUAAAAUUGUUAAAUUGAUAAAUUUAGAUAAAUUAAAAAAAUUGUAUUGCAAGUUGGUUUUCAUAUUCGGUAAAUUUGCAGAAGUAUGUUCUCCAUUAUUGAUUCUUCCCCAAUAAUGAAAUUAGACUGAUGUAACUACUAUAACGUGAUGGAACCAAAGAAACCAUCGCCUUAUAUUGCAACUACUAUAUGUUAGCAUGAUUAUUAUACGUUAGUACAUUUGGAUAGAAUAUGUUAGAAAAUACUGCAAGUUUUUAUUUGCUACCGUUAUCUGUAGAAUGAUCAGUCAUAAAUUAAUGUACGCGCUAUCUCUUUAUUGAUUAAGCCGGUAUAGAAGAGACUUUCGUUCAUCAUUCUCAAGAUCAUGUCAGAAUCAUGUGUAUGUAUGUGUGUGAUAUGUUUUAUAAUUCAAAGAUUCCUGUAGUAUCGAAGGUCACACUAAGAGAAAUGGCAGAACCUCAAUAUAACCACGAAUUAAUAAUGCAGAAUCUAACCAAAAGAGAAUUACCGUUCGUGCAAAUAAUAAAAAAUUGCGCGUGUUCAUCAUCCACUUAGUUUUCAUUCGUUCCCCCGGUCUCCUCGGUUCUCGAUUAAGAAUUAAAGGCCUAGCACGUAAUCCAACGCUAAUUAUAAAGAGUGUCGUCCUGACAUGCUUUCUCUCUCUCGUCUCUACGCCCGAUUAAAAAUUAACUAUCGCAUGUUUCCCUCCCGACCCAUUGCAAAAGCUAAUAAAUAAUUUCGCGGCGAAUAAAUGAAGAAACUGCUAUAGUCACGUAUAGUACAAGGGACACUCCUCGAGCACGCUUGCGCCGGUCUCACGUGCGCUCUACCGUAUUCUCGUCCCUAUGUAUAUCCCGUAUGUUGUGUACGGGACGAAAGUAACGAGAAGUUACACACCAGUGUUGUUUUAACGGGCGAGCCGUGUAGAGUAUCGUUCUGCGCGUCACGAAUCUGUUGCACGUCCGAAGGCGUUUCGUUCGUCCCUUCGCUCGUGUCGUUACGCGAUUAAUUAUAUACAAUAUUGAUACACGGCAUUUUUGUCGUGUUCGUGAGACAUGUUAGUGAUUGACUUUAAAAAAGAGCUGUUUAAAUUUUGUGUUAAAUUUUUUUUGUAAGUGUGUACGAUUUGGUUUACGUAUACUCGUUUUAACGACUCUGCUCUCCAAAUUUAAUCAGAAUUUUGCAGUAAUAACGGGCCAUAAAUUACAGGCGUAAUUAAUUAAUUAAUUAAUUAGUUGCCAGUAGCAUGUGCGUGAAACGCGCUGCUUACAAUUAAUUUAUUAUUAAUUUUGGCUUUUUCCAUUCUCUCGUGCACUCUAAAUUGCUUUCUAUUUGAUUAAAGCUUCAUCUUUAUCUUUAUCUUAUUCGGCUAUAUUUACAAUGGUUUUUAUAGCAACUUUAUGAUUAAUGAAAUGUGCAAUUUGUUAAGUAACACGAUAUAACAAGGUCGCAUAAAAGUCCGAACACAUAAAUUAUGUAAUUUAAUAUUAAAGCGGAUUAGUUUGAUAGGAGAAAUGUUCUAUUCCGAUGGAAUUAAUCAUUUUGUAAUGAGAGGACUUGUCAAGAUUAAAUUAACUUAGUUUGUUAGCGACAAGUGAAUACAAUGAGAUGUAUUUUCUUGAAGAUUCAACAACUUUUAACAUCUGACGUGUGUACGGGGAUUUUUAUUUGUUUGCUCUUAUUGCACAGGUAUCAAGCUGACUACGUGUAUAUCUAUAAAUCUUUAGCGUAGUGUUAUCACGUUGACAUUUAUCAGUGGGUAGAACGGAAGGUUCUAUGCAGACUAUGCACAAAUUGCAACAGGUGCAACUUAGUGACAUAUACUGCGUUUUGUGCCGCUCCUGGAACUUCAUAGAGAUAUUGCAUAGUGCCGAUAAGAAUACGCUAAUCGAUUUGUAGUUAUACAUGGUGGGAAAAUCAGCAUGAAAUGUACAUUUAUUCGAGGUGUCUCCGGGAAAAUACAGCUGGCCUGUUAAAGCAAAAUCGUUCUUGCUGAGCGCUCUAAUGCAAUUUAUGGAUGAAGUAAAUUUUUGUACAGCGCUUUAUAAUUCUCUUCAUAAUUAUUUCACAUUUAUGGAUGUUCUCCAACAAGUUCUUUUUCCGUAAUUAAGCAUUUUAUUAAUAUUUUAAACUAUUAAUUUUCAGGUAUAAUAAUUGAUAAUACGAAGAAUACGAGAACUACAUUGGUCACUAUUAGAUAAAAGAUAUUCAAAAUAAAAUAGAAAAGAUUUCCAGGCGCCUGUGUAACAUUUUAAUAUAAAUAAACGUUGUUUUCAAUACGUGACAUGUUACUGGCAUAAAAAUAGGACAGAUUGCGCGUGCUUCGAGCAAGAAAGCCCUCUCGUGACGCAGUACAUUGUUCGUGUUGUUAUGCGUGCGUGAAUCGUCGAUCUAGAAGUGUUACAUGAUCGGGCUUUGGUCAUUUAAACCACGCCGAAGCGGCAAGGUGGAGGUGAUGCUAGGUUCUAUUAUGUUUCACGUGAGAAGGAGACCCGCGGAUUACAUGCCGCGGAAACGUAAAAAGAAACCUUCUGGGAAAUGGAACGAGUUAGAUCACAGGUACGAGGACGAGAGACUGCCGUUUCUGCUGGAGCUUAAUCCAGACGGCAGUGAUAUUCCAAACGGCGCCGGAGUGCGACACCGAUUACAGCCGAAUGUCACGGAAGUGGGUUCGGAGAGACCGAUCGGACCGCAAGCGGUGCAGGCACAAACGCUGACUCUGCCAGGACCCACGGUGAUGCCCAGGCAUUGCGUCAUUGCUUUUACCGAGAACAUUGUUACCCUCACACCGUGCUCCAGAGAUGCGCACACGUACGUGAACAACCAGAGGAUACAUCAAACCACCAUACUGCAGAAUGGAGCUAUCAUCAAGUUCGGCAGAAUGCACACUUUUCGAUUUAUUGAUCCCGCGCCUGAGGAUCGGAUUAGACAGAGACACGAUUCGAACAAGCAGAUCGACUAUGCUUAUGACCGACGUUCACCGGAUGCGACUAGCCAAGAUGUCAGCUCGGAGAAGUUCCGUCCAGGAUCCGGAACCCCGAAUGGCGGCGGUCAGACCCCGAGUCAGGCUCAGGAGCGCGCGACUCCGUCGAGUCCCUCAAAGUCCGCCAUCAUCGCUGCUCGUAGUCCCCGUAGUCCCACACACCCACCGGAACCCACGCACAAUUACGAGACCACGUUCGAUCUGGACGGCAACGUGGAGACCGCCAGUCUAAGUAGUAGCAGAGACGGCAAUAGGCUUUCGCAAUACGAUCGGCAACCUCGAGGCACGGAUCCGAUCCUUCCGGCCGUACUGGAGUUCCUCGAGGAAACGGAGGAGACGUUCUUCCAUGCUGUUAUCACCGACGUGGAGCCCUCGGCACCGCAGUUCAAACUGGCGCCAACUUACACUCUGUACCUGAGCGCAAGGUACCGCGCUAGCACUCAUUACAGACCAGAACUGCAGCCUACGGAGAGAGCGCACAGGCUUACCGCUAUGUUGGCGAACGUCGCCACGAUGAUUCAACGCGUUAUCCAGGAACGUUACAUGGACGCCUCGUCGUUGGCAUUCUGGCUGGCGAAUAGUUCGGAGCUGCUGCAUAUGCUAAAAAGCGAUCGACAUGUGGGCGCAUUCUCCACACGGGCGCAAGAUAUCCUGAAGGAAGCGGUGCACGCGGCAUUCGGUUCGCUGGUGCGCUGCGUCACCCUGGAAUUAACGCCAGCCAUGACGCAGUUCAUGGCAGAUGCGGACGAACCGGCGAAGGAGGCCGGGGUCCUGCAAAUCUUCUCCAACACGAUGGCGCUCCUGCGACGGUGCCGGGUGAAUGCCGCGCUUACGAUACAACUGUUCAGCCAUCUGUUCCACGCGAUCAAUGCCACUGCUUUCAAUACUCUGGUUUCCAACGGGAACUUGUGCGUUCGAUGGUUCGGACGCAGGCUGAAGGCGAGAUUGAACGCCCUGGAAACCUGGGCCGAGAGACAAGGCCUAGAACUCGCCAGUCAAUGCCACUUGGCGACAAUUAUGCAGGCGACUCACUUGUUGCAAGCUCCUAAGUACAAUGCCGAGGAGCUAGCGACUCUCAGUUCGACCUGCUUCAAGCUGAAUUCCCUGCAGGUGAGGGCCUUGCUACAGAAGUAUCAACCGGCCGCGGACGAGCCCAGGCUGCCCGCUGAAUUGAUCGAGAAUGUUGUGAGGGUAGCAGAGAGUGUGGCAGACACGCUCGCACGUGCAGACGGCCGCGAAAUAAGACUGGAGGAAGAACCUAUCCUAGGAUUGUCCUUAUUACUUCCCGAAGAUGGCUACAGCUGUGAGAUAGUAAGAGGUGUCCCACCAGGACUAGCAGAAUUUCUGGCGCCCUUACAACGAGACGGUUUAUGUCGGAUGGCGGCCCAACCCACCAGCAGUGGCUAUUGGACUAUUUACAUGAUAGAUCACAACAAUUUGCGUAGUCCCAGCGCGAUGAGUAAUCGAUCGGGCGGUUAUAUCAGCCACAUUAAUCAAAAUCAGGCUCAACCAGAGAUACACGUCAUUAAAUUGCACAAGAGUACCAAUGGCAUGGGCUUAAGUAUCGUUGCGGCAAAAGGUGCAGGACAGGACCGAUUAGGCAUCUACAUCAAAAGCGUUGUUGCUGGUGGUGCCGCUGAUGCUGAUGGUAGAUUGACAGCGGGCGAUCAGCUGCUCAAAGUAGAUGGACAAAGCUUGGUCGGAAUUACGCAAGAAAAAGCUGCUGAGUAUCUUGUACGCACUGGCCCGAUCGUGACAUUGGAAGUUGCAAAACAGGGCGCCAUUUAUCAUGGACUUGCAACACUGUUAUCUCAACCUUCUCCAAUAAUGACGAGAGCGUGUAAGACUCGGCCGAGGUCCGAGCACUUAGAGCAGCCGAUAGAAGCAGCGGAGACGGCCGGUGGUGGUCAGCCAGCCGCGUCACACUCAGUGGGCGACUUAUUGUCCUUUCCGAAGCAGGCGGCGUGUCAGGAUUUAACUCAACCAGGUGCGAUUCCAUCUCAGCGCAUAGUUGAGACAUCUUUUUACCGGAAUUUUCCACGUGUCGACUAUAACGAGUACCGCUAUCCCAUGCGACAAGAUGCAUUCACCGUUUUCCGUCCGAGGGGUGCGUACGCCAGUGCGUACCCUGUCGAGAGACAGUACGGCGCCUUCGACGACAGGGAGUACGUCUACCGUCCUUCCACCCCUACCGUCUCUCCCAUGCGUAUCCCGCGACCUCACAUGCCCUGUCCCUUGAUUUCCAUCACGAGCGACAACGAGAUUUCGUCCGUCAUUUAUCAAGACGAGAGCGACGAGAGUGACGAUAAGAUCGUCGAGGAGGACGAGGAUAAUGCGGAACAAGGUGGAAUCAAUAAUUCGAGUUACUCAACUUUGAGUCCAUUUGAGAGGAUCUCUCCGCCGCGGGAAUACGCGGAGCCCGCGCAAGAUUACAAGUUGCUGGCGCCGCCGCUGACUUUCGAUAGGAAUUUUUACGACGCUAUACCUUAUAUCGAUCAGAACGACGAUGCCAACCUUGCGGAAGCCUCUGAAAGCGUUCAGGCAAAAUCGAGAAACAGGUAUGAACGCUACAAGGAGGCUGCUUGCAACAGCAAUUCCAAUCUUAGAGAUUCUCAAAAGCGCAUGGACGUAGGUCGCAGUGAGCAGACUCUCAAUAUUGCAGACUCUGAUUUACGUGUGCAACCGGGCAACUUCAGUUCUUCGGCAAUCGAUACUUACUCGUUGUCCGUGAAUGAAUCUGCUUCGUCUGUCAGGCAUGCUACAAAUGGGUCAAGUACAAAAUCUAGAAUGGAUGACUUUCUGCAUCUUCGUGACGCGAGUAAUAGCACGAGACACGCGUUAAGUGUUGAGAACGAGCAAUACGAGAACAAAUCGGACGACGUUACCAAUUCGGAAGAUUGUGCAGAUGAGUCCAGUUCCACGAUUAACGACGAAUGCGCGUCGAUUAGGGUUGACGGGAACGUAGAAGAGGAAGGAAUCUCGACUCCCAAGAUGUAUACUAUAAUGCCGGAGUUGCAUCUUGAUCUGACUGGGCUAAACAGCGACGUGUCCAGCGAUGAAUCCAAGACGGAGAAAUGCUGGAAGUCACCUGAAGAAGUACGUUUAGGAGGUGGUCGAGUUGCAGCGUUGGCGAAACACUUCUCAAAACUUGGCGAUGCCGGUUUGAUCAGGUUCAAGCCCACCAAAUUGACCGAUUCCCGCCAGUUUGUGUCGGAACCGGAGAUCGCAACGCCGGAGAAGAGCGACGAGCGUUUGUACGGACCUUGCCGUGCGCAAAAGGAGUAUAAAUCGGACUCGGACCUGACGAGAGACGAAAACUCUCAAGUCGAUUCGGAUGGAAGACGCAAAGUCAUUCUGUUCGAUGUCGAAACAGGAGAGCUUGCGAUCCAGGAAUGUAGGUUUCAUCGUUGCGGCGCUAAAUGGGUAACUGCUGCUAGAAUUCCUUCAUUGAAUGAUUUCUUUACUACGAAGAACACAACACUUGCAGAAGUUGAAGAUUGUAACGACAUGGCAACUGAUAAUAGUAAAUCUCAGAAUUGUAUUAAAGCUGAAAGUCAUGAAAACGAACCAACUAACAAUAAACUUUCCGUGGAACAACAGCAAGUGAUCGUUGAACAACUUGAGCAGUUCUCAAAUCUGGAUAAUACUGACGCACCUUUGUUUAUACCAGAUCAAAAGGUGGAGCAAACUUUUUCGAAAAAUGAGAACGAAGUGUCGGCUUCUGUUAAUUCUGUUAAUUUUGUUAAAGAUGAUAGCUUUCAAAACAGGAAGCAGAAAGUUACCUCUUCGUCGUCCUCUUCCGUUCGUUUGCCUUCUCGCUCUUCCAUUGUGUUAGCACUUUCGAAGAAUGUCGCAAAAAGUGCUCCUUCGCUCUCGGAAAACUCUAAGGUUCAGUCUUGUGGAAAACGUGCGAAAUCUUGCCUCUUCAUAGACCUCUCUCACUCUUCCGCUAAGAAUUGCUCCAGCAACGGUUCCUCGGAACAUUCAUUGAUGUUUCCGCCGCGCGCGAGCACGUAUUCACGAUUGAAGGAUGACAAGUUGAAUAUUCUGCGCGUGCGAAUCGCUAGACCUUGUAGCAGCGAGGACAAUCUGAUCAGUGCUGCAAUUUGUCAACAGAAAAUCGAGGAAGCUAUGGAUCGUCGCGAUGAUUUCGUUAAAUUAACGCGCAGCUAUGACAGUAUCUUAAACAACAAAUUUCUAUUGGAUUCUACCGAUCAAACACGAUCGUCCGAAAGCCUCUACAAAAGCGUUGAUUUACCUGACGAGUCUUGUGACAGAUCAGGCUUGGCUGCCAAGCAAGAGGCACAUUGGUACCGUCAUCGUUCUCUGGAAGAGCUGAAGCCGAAGCGGGCAUCGAAGAAACAAGGCAGUUUGAUAAACUUCACGUCAGUUCAACCUGCUGCAGUUCAGACAAGAUUGAGUAAAUCAUUUGAUGAUAAAUUAAACUCCGAAGACGGAGAUGAAAUGCGAUGGAAUUGUCAUGGAUCGCUCGAGGAACUGAAAUCAAGUAGGAGAGACAGUCGGACGGAUUUGACCGAUUCAGGCCGAGUUGCUAAAGCACAAAAAUUCGACUGGACGCCAAAGAAAAGAUUCCGCACGAAGCGAGGGAGCCACGAUCGCUUGAUAGGUAGUGCUCUUGAAUUGUCGCGCGUAAACAGAAUGAAAGAUGAGGAACGACAAGAGUGGAGAGUCGAGCGAAAAUCUCGGAGCGAGUUGGAUAUUCCGAGGCACAAGUCCGACUCGGAGAGGGACGGUUGGAGCUUCCGCGAGAUCAGUUCGCUGAAAGAUGAUGACCAAUCCACCUUGCGUCCUCGUCGCAUGAGCGAGCGGGAUCUACCAUCGCGGCUUGGACACGAUGCCACUCCUCAGCAAAUCCACAGCAGCAAGUCUGUUCCAGCAUUGCAUAACAUAGGUACCGAGGCCAAACAGCAACAUGAGAUAUUCAAUCCAGGAUACAGCAGGGCUUCCUCCAGCAAUAGCGUCACGCCGCCCGUCCAGCCACCUCCUAUGGCGGCAAUCAGUAGUGCGACUGCUUUACGUUCUAGAUCGAGUCACAACUUACAUGAUCCCAUGAGAAUCGGUACUUUACCACCCUCCGGCUUGGUCAGCAGGCAGCAAUCGUCGCCCAAUUUGAAUCCGAACGCGACGCACACGAAUGUACCGUCCAGCGUGCAGAAUACAGAGGCGGAGAGAUUUUACCAGAAUCUGAGCAUUUAUCGCAAUCAGGACCCGGCAGUGAAGCAACAAAUUAGUCCACAACAGUCAGACGACAGAAACUCACAGCACAUCCAGAAGAGUUCCCUGAGGGGUUCGCAAAACUCACUGAAUCGUCCAUCGACCUUAGAAAUCGGCGGCCACAUGCGAGAUCGCCCAACGUCCGCGUACAUCAGCCAGGGUCAGCCACAGAGUUACUCGGCGGUCAGCAGUCAGAUGCAACAGCAGAGCGGUGGCCUGCCGCCGCGUUCCCAGUCGUCGCGUGACAUAAUUCGCCAAGAGGCGAAGAUGCAAGAGAUGCAAGAGGAGGUCCGUCGGCGCGAACUGCGCGGCGGUGCGCCGAUACUCAAUCAGCACAGACCGCCGAUGUAUAACAUUGGCGCUCGCGUGGCGGCACCUCCUCCUCAGCAAAUGUCAGGCGUGUUGAACGUACGCUCGUCGAGACCCGGAGGCUCCAUGUCGAACUUGGGCAUAACUUCCAACUAUGCCGUGAGACAAAAUGUGCCCGGCUACAAUUAUCCAGAUACUCAGUAUGCCCACUACAACAGUGCGCAGUACGGCCAGUACGGUCAGUACAAUCAGUACCCCAAGUAUCCGGCUGCUAGUGGCCAAUACGGACCAAUGAUGCUUAAGCCGAAAAGCGAAGCAAUGACUCGCGGUCAUCAGUCGAUGCCCGGUGAGAAUCUGCUCGGCAAAGACGCGAGUAACCAGGAGGCGAAGCCCUAUGCUGAGCAGAAUCGACAUUUUGCUGGCUCGCAGAAUAGUUCGCAUUAUCCGAACGGCAAUCUAGAACAGCGCGUCGAUCAGUACACUAACGACAUCAUCAACCGGGCUCAGAAUGGAGACGGUCAUUCUAUGACAACGUCGGAGGCGCCGCCGACGAGACCGGCUUUGCCGUCCGAAGACACCUUUAACGAAAGCCCGCCACCACCACCGCCAAACACCUCGACGCAUCCUCUGUAUAACAAACCAGCCGACACAAGGUAUACCGCGAGCAUGCAAGAUCCACCACGAGGUAGUUACUACCCUGCGGGAGGAAUCAGUGCCAUGCAGCAACCGCGUCAGUAUCAAUACAGUGCGACGAACCCUUGGCAGCGAGAGGAAAGGGAAAAGGAACAGGCUCGUAGGAGAGAAGCCGCCCGACAAUGGCGAGAUCAGCAGAUCGCUGAAUUGAGCGUGCUGACGCACCGAACGCAACAACAAGAGGAGCAGUUGCGAGCACUUCAAUUGGAAAGGGACUUCCAGAAGCGAGCGGAAGAGGCUGCCAAUCAGGAUGACGAUGAGGAAAGCAACGAUCUAGACAAUGAGAGCGCACAGCGCGUUCAAGGCUUGUUGAGGAUGGCAGCCAGUCAAGAGAGGGCUGUCCAAGGGAGCCAGCAACCACCGAUUUUAUCGAGAACGAACACGGGCAACCAAUCUAUGAGGGGUGGUUUACCUCUGCAGCCAAUUAACAGCCCACCGGUCAGUCAUGCUCAUGUUCCGCCUACGGUAUCUCUGAAUGUCGGGAUGAGUGGUCAGGAAAACAGUAGCUUGCACGUACAACCGAGUCCGCAGCAACAGCAACAGCAGCAAACGGCAUUGGCUCAAAUCGAGGAGCAGCAAUUGCACGUGACGCCCAAUUACGGCGCGUCUCUCAGCCACUUUGGCUCCGGUCAGAAGCCUUACUCCGUCGGCGCGCCGUCCAUAGAGGAUAGAGAAUUGCAACGAAGGAUGGACGAGGCAAAGCGCAAGCAGAUCGAAUUCGAGGAAAACCAGAAGAAGCAGGAAGAACAGAUGCACGCGCAGCAGCAAACGUAUCAGCAGAAUCAACACUCGAGGAAUCAGCAGCUGCAUCCUGAUAUGCUGCGCUUGGACAAUUUGAUUAUCAACGGGCCUAGUGUGCCUAUGUCCUCGCAAAAUAACAUAAACGAUGCACCUCCGCCACCGGAACGCGGUUCCAGUUAUGCCGUUAUGUCUCAGCAAAGUGCUCUCAGGUCAAAUGGCUCGACCGCAUCCAAUCUACCUCCCAGUUUUCAGCAGCCGGCAUCCAUGAAAAGAGUCUCUUUCCACGAUUCGAAUGCGAAUAGUGAGCCUUUGCUGCGAAAUGUACAGUCUGGAACAUCGAACCCAUCGUCGAUGUCGAUGGACACCAUCAGAGAGGAUCCCAAUAAUUUUAUCAACGACGCGGAGACUCUAUUAGCAUCUCCGAAGACGCCGGAAGGAUCCGGGACUUCAUUUACUGGCGCCACCCCUGGAGUGAUCGGUGCUCAAGAAGUAUAUAAAGAUCCGAGACAAAAGCGACUGGCGGAAAAGCAAAAACAGCAGCAGAACUCACAGAUCGGCGCAGUGCCAGAAAAGCUCAGCUUCAAAGAGAAGAUGAAGAUGUUUGCGAUGGAGACCGGCGAGGACGGCACGCCGCGAGAUAAGGUGAAGAUAUCGCGAGCUCAGCGUGAGAUUGACAACAUCAGCAGCCCACUCAAUCCUAACAGUAACAACAACAAUAACACCAUUAGCGGCAAUAGCAACACCAACAACAAUAGGACUUAA